AUGAAUUCAAUUAGAUUUGAUGGAUGUAAUAAUUGUAGAAAUGAUUGUUAAAAAGAAUGUUCAUAUUGUUAAAGAGGAAUAUGUUUAGAUUGUAUUUAUGGUUGGCAUUUAACUGAUUAAUUUAUUUGUGAAUCUUAAUGUGGAGAUAAUUUAAUUGCUUUAAUAUCAAAUGAAGAAUGUGAAGAUUCUAAUUAUGAUUAAUUUGAUGGAUGUUAUUAAUGUAAAAUUGAAUGUUGUCAUUAUUGUAAUAUAUGUAUUUAUGGAUAUUGUUAUAAUUGUGAAUAUACAUUUACAUUAAUUGAUUAAUAUUGUAUUCCUAUUUGUGGAGAUGGAUUAAUUACUAUUGGUUAUGAAUAAUGUGAUGAUAUGAAUGAAAUACCAUAUGAUGGUUGUUAUAAUUGUAAUUAUUAAUGUAGAUAAUAUUGUAAAUUAUGUAUUAAAGGUAUAUGUUAUGAUUAAUGUGAAUAUGGAUAUUAUGAACUUGAUUAUUAAUGUUAUCCUAUUUGUGGUGAUGGUAUUAUAGUUGAUUAAGAAGAUUGUGAUGAUUAAAAUGAUAAUUAAUUAGAUGGAUGUCAUAAUUGUUAAUUUCUAUGUCCAGAUCAUUGUGAAAUAUGUUCAGAAGGAAAAUGUAAAUUAUGUGAAUAAGGGUAUGAAUUAAAUGUUAUCAAAAACUAAUGUUUAACAUUUUGUGGUAAUGGUUUAGUUUCAUAAGAAGAGGAAUGUGAUGAUAUGAAUAAUGAAGAUGGAGAUGGAUGUUCUUAAAAGUGCAAAAUAGAGAUUAAUUAUGUUUGCAAAAACUACUAAUACUCCUUUACUUAGUGUACUUAUGAGAAGUAUCCUAAAUUUGAAGCUUCAUUUAUUAAAUAAGAUUAUGAAAUUUAAUAUGUUUCUUUACAUUUUGAUCAAUAAGUUAAAAUUUUAGAUGAUAUAUUAUUUUCAGAAUAUAUCCAAUUCAAUUUAAUAGGAGUUGAUUAUGAAUUUUAUAAUAUCACAUUGACCAUAGUUUAGGAAGCUUAAUAAUAUUGCACUUACGUAGAAUAUAUAGUUGAAAUUGUUAUAAAUACCACUUUGUCAUCUCUACCUGUUCUCGAAGUUAUAUUAAAUGAAUAAUUAUAUAAUGAAAAUGAUGCUCCUUUGAUUAAUCAAAAAGAUAGUGUAAGAUUAAAUCUACCUAAAUACUUAGAUGAUUAAAAAUAAAAAUCUGCUUAGGUUUUAAAAUAAAUGGGAACAUAUAUAAUGAAUUCAAUGGGUGGAGCAGGAAUUUUGGUACUAUUGCUCGGUAAUUCAUUUAUUUUAAGAGGAGUUAUUGAAGUACUCCAAUAGCAAUCUUAUUUAAGGUUUAUUAAUGUAGUAUUUCCACUUAAUUUAUUCAUUUAUUUUGAAUCAACCAAUAUUAUAUCAGUUUAACCUAUUUUAGAUAUCUUUAAUUUUAAUUAAUUUUCAUCUGAAUUGAUAGAAAUGCCUUUUGUUGAGUCUUAUGAAAAAUUAAAAUUUUAUGAUAUUAAUGCAGAUAUUGUGAAAAAUAUAUAGGCUCAAAUAUUUUUAAGCAUAACACUUUUGUCUGUGUAUUUAGGAACCAAUUUUUUGAUAUAAAUAUUUAGAAUUAUGGACCAUAAUCAUUAUUUGUAAUUUGGUGAAAUUAUUGCAUCUAUUUUAUUGAAAAUCUUUAGAAGUUGUAAUUAAAUAAAAAGAGAAUUAGAGAAGGAUGGAUUGAAGUAAUUUUUAAUGGCUAAUUGCUGGGAUUUAUUGUUUAUGUCAUUUUUAUAAAUCCGCUCUUCAUCCUUUACAAAUAUAAGAUCAAUAUUAUCAACUAUUUUAGGUUAUUUAAUCAUUUAUAUAUGUGCAUUAAUAAUAUCUUGUUAUUUUUUAAGAGGAAAUUAUAAAUUAACUUCAUUCUCUUAAUAUUGGAUCAAAAAGUUUGAUUUAUUUUUAAUCUUGAAAAAAUUAUUAUUUAUUGCAAUUUUAGUUUUAUUUUAACAUAGUUAAGAAAUUCAGUCAAUGUUAUUGUCAUUGGUUUGUCAACUUUAUUUAUUAUAUGUGUAUUUAUUUAGACCCUUUGAGAAUAAAUUAGAGUAUUUUAAUCUAAUAAUUACAGAGAUAAGUGUUUUUGUAUUUUGUUUUACAGUUAUUUUAUAUUGGAAUUAAACAAAAUCCAAUUUUGAUUAUGAAAAUUAAGUUAUUCUUGGCUGGUUUCACAUAGCUACAUUGUUAUCAGUCUUAAUAAUUAACCUAGCAAUUUAAUUAUAUGUAGUUUUAAGUAAAUUAAAAAAAGUUAUAAUAAAAAAAUUAUAAUAAUCAAUUAAUCAUAAUUAAAAUUAAUAAAUGGAUCCAUAUCCAUUAAGAAACGUAAUGGAAUAUAAACUAUGA